AUUAAUAUUUUGGGUAUCAAAUUGAUCAUCAAAAUGGCAACAAUGAGAGUAAUAAUAGUAUUUGUAGGCAUGAUCAUGAUAUGCCAAUCAUUAGUCUCAUUUGCAGAAAAAGGAACUGCAACUUUCUACACACCUCCUUAUACUCCAUCAGCUUGCGACGGAAACAAAGAGGAAGGAGUUAUGAUCGCAGCAGCAAGCAAAGCCAUAUGGGACGACAAGGGCGCAUGUGGAAGAAAGUACAAGGUUAAAUGCAUCGGUGGCACCAACGGCCAAGCCAACCACAACCCAUGCAGAGGAGGCUCUGUCGUUGUCAAAAUCGUCGAUUUUUGUCCCGCUGGUUGCCAAGGAACCAUUGAUCUCUCUCAAGAAGCUUUCGCUAUGAUCGCUGAUCCUAACGCCGGAAAAAUAAACAUCAAAUUCAUUGAGUAA